AUAAGAUCCGUUGUAUAAACUUGCGAAUGAUAUACUUCAUUCGAGUUUUAAUUAUUACUUAGGUACCUAUAGUGUAUAUAAUGUUUAUUAGGUAUGUAAACCGUUCAGCGAUCUGUUUUACGUUUAUAAUUGUUUUUUUUUUUACCUAUUUCAUUAGUUUUUAAUAUUGUCAAUCAUAUAAUAUAUGCAUAGGCAUACGACGACAAUAUUUGAUGGAUAUUAUGAAGUCCACGAAAAUGAACUGUGCGGACGAACAAAAACACCGAUGUCACACCGUCACGGUGAGAAACAACGAUUCGGAAACAAAUUAUGAAAAACCGAAUUUAAAAGGAGAUUGGCUGAACUUUUCCCUUCUGCUUUUACUAUAUACGAUGCAAGGUUUGCCGUUGGGCAUAAUCAACGGAAUACCAUUAAUUAUGCAAAGUAAAAAUAACGUGACUUACCAGGAACAGGUAAAAAUUUAUCAAAAUAUUCAGUAUAUAUACAGGCUGUAACACAAAGAACUGAUAUCUGAAAUAACUUUUAUACUGUUCAAUAUGUUUUUUUUUUUUUUUGUACUAUGAUUCCUCUAUUAUAUAUAUUUUGUAUUUUUGCAAACUAAAAUUAGAUUCGAAGCGAAACAAAGGAUUUAUUGGUUUUACUAUGAAGUAUUUUUUUUUUUUUGUAUUUUUAAUUUUUGUAUUUUUUUGUGUCUGUGAGCAAUUUUUCUAUCAGAAAUCUUACUUCGUUAUUUCAAGUGCUGCACUUUUUCUGAAAGGAAAUUUUAUCUAGUUGAUGCAAUGGAUAGGUUUUUUUGUUUUCUAUGGAAGUUUUAUAAUUGAAAAAAUCUGGAAAAACGGCAAAUAUUUACGACAUGCUACGGCGUUACCGAUAUCAUUAUUUUAAAUUUUCACGCUUUCUGUUUCCUACCAGAAAUAUUGUUCCAAAAAAAGCAACACCGACGUUUUUUGUUGUAGCUUUUAUCUAGAUAGUGAGUAAGGAAGUCGUUUUUUGAUUCUCGUUAUAGUUUUUUUUAAUAAUUGAGCAAAACUAAGAAAUACGUAUAAAGAACGGGAAAAUUUACAAAAAAAUUAUUUUAUUAUUUUUAAAUUUUGUUUUUUUUAUGUCAUUUAGUUAAAAAUACUCGUAAACUUGAAAUUUUGACAGAAAACUUUACUGUUUGCUUUUUUAGACGUGGUAACAUAUUCAAAACAUUCGAGCCAUUUAUAAGCUAUUUAUAGACAUUUUAAUUAUGCGAGUUUUUUACUUAAUAUUAUUUGGUAGGUAUCUGCUGAUAAAAUUGUUAGACUAAAUAAAAAUACUUGGAAAUUAGAUAGAAGGUUCAUAUGUAGUACUUAGUCUUAAAAAAAAAUUUAGUGUAAUGUAGUAUUUUUUAUAAGAGUUUUAAAUCAAAUUUUGACGAAAAUCGUAAAUAUUACGGCCUUUCAAAACAUAUAUAAUCGAAUUCUUCGCCUCAAAUUGUUUGUUGUUAGUGAUGGCUUAUCAUUGGUUACAGGUAUAAAUUUAAUAACUUUAUGUGACCCAUCUUCUCAACUGCCUAUCUACAACAGUGGCCGCACUUGUCUCUAGCUCUUAUAUGUUUUUAAUAAUAGAAAAUAGAGAUAUCAAAUGGCAAAACUCUAUAAAUUAUUAGAAGAAAAAAAACUUGACAAUAUUGAUUAGAACAAAAGUUAUUUUUGGUGUCAGAUCUUCAUGUUACACCGUGUAUAUGUUAUACCGGGCAUAUUUCAAUAAUAUCUUGAAACUUUCAACUCGCGUUAUUAUGUUCUCGUUUCAGGCAUUGUUCACUCUAGUAGGGGUGCCAUACUGUAUAAAACUAUUAUGGGCUCCAUUGGUGGACACGUUUUACGUACAAAAGUUGGGAAGACGCAAAUCUUGGCUCAUACCGGUUCAAUUUUUAAUAGGUAUGUAAACACACGUUGAUCAAUUUCCACUGCAUGUAACGCCGUCAUCUGGAAGCUGUCGGCAAUAACCAGUGUUUAAAUUUAGGGUUAGAUAACGAAAAAACGUUUUUUUUUUUUAUUUUAUCGUUCAGAUAUUAUAAAGUUUCAUCAUUAUAAAUUUUUUUGUAUUAAGUAAGUUUCCCCCUCAUGCGAUAAUAGAGAUAAUUAAAAUUACCAUAAUUAAAAAUUUGUGUAAGGGAGGGUGGGCGAAGUCUCACAAGGGUCAUUGUAAAGAUAUACUAUAUUUUUUUUAGUCUCAUGGGCCUUCUAUUUUUUUUUCCAAUUCAAGCAAUGGGCCAAGAACAAUUUAUAUAUUUUAGAUCCUGAGUGAAGCGAGGAAAAUAUUAGAUUUAUUAGGUAAUGAUUUUUUUUUUAAAAUAAUUGUGUCUGUAAAUAACUUUCUUAUCAAAAUUCUGGAUCUGACCAUCAAAUUUCGAGGUGGUUUGUGGUGACAAAUUACGUCUAUAAUUUGUGCAUUAAGAAGAUCAUUUUUUUAUUUUUUAUGCAAUUUUUCUAAUAAUUGGAUAACAAUGGAGGUGAUUUAAUUAGAAGUAACUGUAGUGAUCUGACAUUUUUACAUAGUAUAUUAGUACAUUUUAAACGUGCUAUAAUGUUAAUAACAUUUUGUACAUUUCUAAGCUAAUGAUUUGUUAGCUAUUGAAAAAUAUUAGAAAAAUUGAAGUUUUUUUUAGUUUUUACUUGAAUGAAAUUGAUAGCGGCACAUUGUGUUAAACAUAUACAAUUGUCAUCAAAAUUUAGCUAGCAAUUUGCUUGGGAAAUUUUGGAUUAUGCUAAAGUAUUUUAAACUUCUAAAAUCCACAAAAAAAUAUGCUGGUGCCAUCUUUGUGGCUGCACCGGCACAUUGUCCGAUUCCAUAAAAAAAUAUGCUAAUUUAUUUAGACAAAUUUGUUGGAUUUUGGAUUUUACAUUUUCAAUUAUUUUAGGACCCCUAUCGUCUCCGGGAGAGGUUUCAAAUUUUUACGUCAGUACCGGCCACGGUAGACUAAUUUAAAAAAAUGUAAUAUUCGAUAAUUUAUUCGGUUUUUAAUAAACCUUUUAAGGUCAAAUUUAGACGAAAAUCAUACAAAUCACAGCAUUUAUUGCUUUAAAAUACUUUGCAUACUUUUGGGAUUUUGUCACGCACCACUGAAAUAUCGUUGCUCUUAUUAUUUGAAAGUCGAAAAGUAAUAAGUAUGUUAUUGAAUUAUGCAGGAAUGUGUUUUAUAUAUAUUGCCAGUGAUAUCGACAAUAUUUUGCCCGAAAAAGGAAUACCGAAAAUCAAACGGUUGGUGUACAUAUUUUCCAUUUGUACCUUCUUGAUUACCACACAAGAUAUCGUCGUUGAUGGUUGGGCACUCACGAUACUGAAAAAGUCUGUACCAUAAUGUAAUUACCGAUUUCCUUUAUUAGCUUUAAUAUUAUAAUAUUUCGCCUGAUACAUAUGUACAGGAAAAACGUGGGCUACGCCUCCACGUGCAACACAUCGGGUAUAGCCAUAGGCCUGAUGAUAGGUACAAUAUGCUCUACGUUGUUAACGUCCAAAAAAUUUAGCAACAAAUACUUGUGGGCCACACCUCACGAGGAAGGAAUGACGACACUGAAAGGUUAGUGAGUAUACCUAUUAACAAAGCAAGAGACUUUCAUAUAGUGUUGGUUUUUUAAACAAGUGUAAAAUUUGAGAAAAUAGAUAUUAGCUGUGCAUAAUUUUUUUAAAUAAUAAUUUCUCGAAUAAAUAUAUGUUUAAACGUCGAUUUUAAUAUUUAAACAAAUGGAAAGUUUCCUUAUAUUUCAAAAUUUUCAAACAAAUAUUAUUCAAAAAACUCAAAGUACUAAUAUUUAUAAUAUACAUUAUUUUUGAUGGUUUAUUGAUUUUUUUUUUUUCGUAAAACUAUUAUCUAAAAUUCAUUAGAAAAUGGUGUUGUUUCAUUUUAUUGAAACAUACAAGGUGCUCUGUAACAUAAACCAGUGAUUUCCUUGGAGAAUUUUAAGUGAUUUUGAUUUCUGUUUUUUCGACUAUUAUGAAAUAAAUAAUGAAAUUUUAUUAUUUAUUUAUCAAAUUAAAGUAAAUACAAAGUUGAUUACACCCAUCAACAAAUGUUUGCAUUUUGUUUCUCUUUUACCUGAACAAGGAAAAAAUAAAUGCAUUUUGGAUGUACUUAAGGACCCAAACCAUCGCUUCAUCAGACUAUUUUAAUCUCAAAGUCCCCUCGAUUUGUUGUGCAAACUAUUCUACCAGAAAUCUUGCUCUGACGUAUCAAGUGUAACUUAUUCUUUGAAAGGAAAUUUUAGCUCCAAGAUAAUUUAGAGAAGUCGUUUAUUGAUUUUUCAAGCGGUAUUUAUAAUAUCUGGGAAAAACCGGGAUAAAAUGUCCGAAAAACGGAAAAGGUACAAAAUGUUGGUAUUAUUAAAAAAAUAUUAUGGCUUUUUUUUUCUGUAUACAACUUUUCUACCAGCAAUUUCGCUCCGAUUUACAAUGAUAGCACUUUUUCUGAAAGAAAAAUUUGACUGAAAUGUACGUUAGGGAGGUAAUUUUUCGAUUUUCUCAGGAGUUUUCCAAAUAAAUAGGAAAAAACGGGAAAAAAACAUGGGAAAAUCAUUACAAUAUUAAACAAACAUUAUUAAAGAAAAUAUAUAAUGCCUAUUUAAUUAUUUUACCAUAAUAUAACAUAUAUAUUGUUGAUCACUAUCAAUUGAACUGCACUCAGAAUCGUUUUUUCGUUAGCAAUGGUUUAUCGGUGAUUACAGAUAUACAUUAAAUUACACAUAACAGUGGCUUCAACCUACUCCAUUAUCCUAGGACGCCUUUUUUUAAAUGAAGUUAUAUAUUUCACAACAUAAUAUCUUAUACCACAGGAUAAAAUAAAUUUUAAUUUCAUCGAAAAUAAUUAAUUCAAUUAUAAUAGUGAUAGUACUGUACUAAAAAUAUGUGCUAUCACCUUUCUAGAAAAUUAGUAUAAACAACCCUCUCCCUCUCCCUGAAAAAAAAUCCUGUAUACGUUAUUGUAUAUUCUAUUUCUAUUAUAUUAUAAUAGUUUUAAAUAAAAAUGUCUUCAAACGUGUAUUUCAGAUCUGUUUCGCCUUUUGGGCGUUUUCUAUUUACUGGUAACAAUAUUGAUUGCCGUGUUCAAAAAAGAAAAAGAUUGUACACUAUCUGACGGAUAUGUAAAGCUCAACAUACAACAAAAUUAUACGUUAUUGUUUAAAACUUUUAAGCUGCGCAGCGUCCAGAAAUUAGCCAUAGCAUUAUUGACAGCAAAAGUAAAUAUAUUUUUUAUACAAGUAUUAUAAUCAAAUAAAACCGUAUUGAUUAGUCUAGUCUUUGUGCUGAUUACAGAUUGGAUUUGCCGCAACGGAAUCUGUGACAAGUUUACAACUCAUUGACUAUGGUGUAUCGAAAGAUGACAUAGCCGUAAUAAACACAGGGAUGUACGCAGUGAAGAUGAUAAUCCCAUUUUUUACAGCGAAAUACACGGCGGGUUCAAACUCGAUAAACGUUUAUUUAUUAGUCAUAUUUAUUAGGUAAAAUUUAUUUUUUUUUUACAUUAAAUGGACGAUUCCAAUACUAUAAAAAUGCGGUUUCCUCUUCAAAUACCCCAUGCAUUAAAAUUACUCUUAUUCACACUAUUCCAUGGUUAAAAUGACCCACAUUAUAAUAUCUCCAUUGGAAAUAUCCUGUAUAUACACAAAAAUUUUCAUUCAAAAUAUGUAGCAGCAAAUAAAAUGAAUGAACAAAUAAAGUUUAGUACAAUACAAACUAUACAUUGUAAAAUUCUUGGAUGUAACACAGUGUCAAAUACAUUUAAUUAUCAGUCUAGGACAUUUUUGCGUGAAGUCCAUUUCGGCGUGAAGUCUAUUUCGACGAAAAAAAAAAUGUUUAAAUUUUAACUAGUUUACCGUUAUUACCAUUUUUUGUCUUUUCAAAAUUUAACCCAUAGCUAGUAUAUAAAUAAUACUCAAAAUGAAUAUAGUUAUGAAAUUAUAUAAAAUAUAUAUGUUUACCUACACUAAAUGCAUAAAAAAUAUAUUAUAUUCAUUAGAAAUUUCGAAAGCGGUUAGAUUAGCUUAGGUUAGGUUAAUAUUAAACCAUAUUCAUAAAAACACGGACAGUUAAUAAAUUAUAUUUCACGCCGAGAUGCCCAUACGCCGAAAUGAUCUUCACGUCAAAAUUGCCAAGUUCGUUUAUUUACACCUUUUCGACUAUUAACUAAAGUUAAAUUUGAUUUCAAAUUUGUUUCAGAAAUCAAAAAUACGUUCAUACUAUAAUACUAUAAUCUCGGUUGUAUCAUAAAAAUAUCAAAGAAUAUCAUAGAAUUAUCACCUCAUAUAUGAUAAUUUAUUAACCUAUUUAUUUAUUUUUAAAUGUAUUUUAAAAUGUACUGUUUAGAAGGGAUUUACUGUGACAUAUUUUGAACAAGGAAUUUUUCGAAAAGGAAUAUUUUGACCUUGGAAUAUUAGAGAGUAAAUAAGAGAUAUUUGAGAAUAAGUUAUUUCGAAUAGAGGAUAUUAUGAACGAGGGGUAUUUAGAAUUAAAAAUUAAUUUAUUUUAUUAUUAAUUAUUAAUUAAUUAAUUUAAUUUUCGAAUUAAAAAUUCAUCAUCAUGCAUAUUACAGUCAAAAUGUAGUCCGUGUGUUAUACAUAAUUUAAAGCACUUAAACAUUCAAAAAAGCGUAUAUAAAUUACUAAAAUUCCCUAAAAUAAAGGAAAAAAAUUUAUACUGAGUUCAUUGUUACAUAAUUCUGUAAAAUAAGCAAAAAAAGGCAUUUGUACAAAUGAAUAGCUCACUAAUUAUAAAUUAAAAUUUGAUAUUCACAAAUUUUUAAAAUAUUGUUAUUUCAGAUUAUGUUGUAACAUUCCAUUUGUCAUUAUUAUCUAUGAAAUGACGAAUGUAAAAAACAUUGCAGAUCAUGAUGUAUACUUUCAGUUUUGUUAUUAUUUGGUUUUAGUAUUCAUGUUAUUAGUGCAAGAGGUGAGUAGUAUAUCCAUAAAUUGUAUAUUUAUAUUAUUUAUAUUUAUAAUAAUUUAUCAUAAAUUACAGUUUAAGACUUUCUGUAACGGGAAUUGCAGGAAAUAGAGGAAAUAAUUUAUUAUAAUGGUUUUUAAAAUUUAGUAAUUUUUAAUUAACAAGUUUUAUUAGUGACAAACUCGUUAAACUGUAACGUCACGUAGAUAUUUUAAAUCUUGACGGCUAAGUUAAAACGUUUACCAUAGUGGAUAUAUUUUUAAAGGAGAAUAUAUUUUACUUCAUUGAACAAAUAUAAUUCAUAAUAAAAGGGAUCAUUCCUUUUUUUUUUAGAUUCUGAGCAAAGUAAGGAAUCUUUACUCGUUGGUUAUAAGAGCUAUAGAGUUAUACUAUGAUGUAUCCCCCCCCCAGAAAACAUCUUUUCGGUAUUUAAAAAUGCUCCAAAACAUUCACAUCUUGAAAAAAAAUGAUUACAUUGGGUUUUCGUUUGCACUUUGUAUAACAGUAUAAUAUAAUAAAAUAUUUAACGAGUUUGUCAAUUAUAUUUAAAACGAUAUGUAUAACGAUAAAUAUACUUAUAUUUAUUUUGUGUCUAUAUAUUAUCUAGGUCCUCACGUAUAUCAUAUUCAUAUCGAUAUUAUCAUUUUUUUAUCGGAUAAGCGAUCUUUGUUAUGGCGGAACAUAUAUGACAUUGUUGAAUACCCUAUUAAACCUAGGAAAUUCGUGGACGUCAUAUAUAGCACUAGCCGCGAUCGAUUAUCUGACGGUUAAGACAUGUUCAACCCACUACAAAAGAAAUGAUAACCCGCUGUAUCUUGAGGAGGUAACCCAUCGUUCAAAAAAAAUAAAAAAAUGUCUACUGUCAUAAUAAAAUAAGUAAUAUAAAUAUUAUUAUGACAAUAAUUUGCAUUGUAUAUAUUGACAUAAAAUUGUUUAAAUUAUGAACAGUUCGUGUUUGACUGUACGAUUUGAAUGUAAGUAUUAUUACUAAGUUUCAAGUCUUUACGUGUAUUUAUAACCGAAUUACAGCAAAAAAACUACUAAAAAUUAAAAUUCCUUAAAAUCUUUAUUAUUCUUUACAUAUAAUUUACGAGUAUAUGCAUAUAUUUACUAAUUGUAUACUAUAUAGUGUAUUAUAGUGCCCAAACGUAUUGUAAUACCAGAAUAAAAUAGUGCUUAAACGUGUUGUGAUUUUCGCCAAAAUGCCCAAAAGCGUUGUAGCCGUAUAUUUCCUAAAAAAGCACUCUAGGACAUUGCUACGUAGCCUCUUCAGCGUGAUCGUUUUGGCAUGGCCAUUUCGACGUGAAGACCAUUUCGGUGUAAAGUCCAUUUCGAUGUGAAGUCUAUUUCAGAGUAAAAAAUAAUUUUUAAAUUUUAACUAGUUUACCGUUAUUACCACUUUUUGUCUCAUUAAAAUUUAACUUAUAGCUAGUAAAUAAAUAAUAGUCAAAAUGAUUAUAAUUAUGAAAUAUAAUAUAUAUAUAUAAAUACAUACAUAUAUACUUACCUACAUAAAAUUUAUCAAAAAUAUACAUAUAGCCAUCGUGCACGAAUACUUCACGUUCACUGAAAAUUUCAAUUUUGCGUGCCAUGUUGACUAGUUUACAAAUUUGAUACCAUCGGGUAUUGGUAAUAUCGAGAUAGCGUAUAGGUACUACAGAUUAUAUUGAUUAUAUAAAUUAUACCUACCUUGUGCGAUAAACAUUAUUGCUUUUGUAUUUUAUAACAUUCAAUUAAAUUUCUCAUAAAUAAAUUUAUUUUAUAUUUUGAUGACUGCAAUUUUAUUUUCAAUUUUUGCUGCUUCAUUAGAAAUUUCGAAAGUUGUUCAUAUAACACGGACAAUUAAAAAAUUAUAUUUAAUGCCAAGAUGUCCAUACGCUGAAAUGGUCUUCACGCUGAAAUGGUCACGCCGAAACGUUUGGGCCCGCCGAAAAUGAACUCUCAUCGUUCCUGUCGACGAUAAAUUAAUGCUUUCUUAACGGGAGCCGACUUCAACGCCAUACACCAACGCAGGGGCUGCUCAACAAACAAAACCGAGAUCAAUUUCUUCAAAAUUUCAUAUCAAUUAAACACGUACUAAUCAAAUCAAGUACUAGCACCAAGCGCCCCAAUUUACUCGCCAUCCUAUUCAGGUCGCCACCCGAAUAUUUUCAAUUUUUUCCUCUCCAACAUUCCAAACCGUCUCCAGACAAAACUAACUAAUCUAAAUGAUCCACCGUCUGAUUAUACUCCAGUUCUACUACAAAUUAAUGCUUUAAUCUUAUCUCCUAGCUAAGUAAACUUAACAGUUCCUUCUCUAUGCUUUGAACUUAAAAAUUGAAGAUUAUUGAAAAUUUAUUCUACAAAAUUAUGGUUAAAAAAAAGAAACUGAGAAAAAUUAUUUAAAAUUGAACCUGUAACAAAUUUUGAUUUUGUUUAAAAAGAUAUCAAAUUCUGGGUUCAAAAACUGGCUAAAUUCAUGAGGUAGAAUAUUACUGGAAAAUUUGCGCUACAAAAAAAACAGAUCUAUAUUAUUGAAUAGGUUACCUAAUAACAAUAAUUAGUUACAUUAUUUCUCUUGCUCCGUUGCUUCCUAUGUUUGAUUCUUGAUAUAGAACUCACUCUUUAGUUUUUUCCCAAUUGUAUUUUGGUUAGUUUUCAUUUUUAUUUUCAAUUUAUACAAUAGGUACCUAAUUAUCUAAACGUGUAUUUAUUUAUUUUUUUUUAGACUUUUAAAAAAACAGAAGAUUGUCAGAUAGUUGUGAGAGGAUAUUAUGUAGAAAUAGCCGUGUGUACCUUAAUCGGUAUCAUUUGGUUCGUAAUUUUUAAAAAUGUCUUGAGAAAUCUUCAGAAUUUAAGACCGUCUCAGUGGUUAGUGAAAGACACCGUGAAACGACCGAAAACAGGGACUACGAAAAAUGUGUUUACUAUUGCUAUACCGUCGUGCACGUGAUAAAUUAUAACUAAAAAUUCUAUGGCUAAUCUUCCUGUUUUUUUUGUGUUAAGUAUGUAUUACUAUUAUGAACUACGAGUAUUAUAUUAAAUAUAUAUUAUGCAUAUAAAUAUCAUCGGUAGUUUUAUAAUCAAUAUUUUUAAAUGACUUGAGAAUGUCAUGAGAUUUAUGAUAAACAUUUGUUUUAGAACCAAUAACAUUAUUUAUUAUUUAUAAUUUUUAAAGUAUUAAACCUUGUUAAAAGUUUUAUAAAAACGCAUUUAUUUAUUUCAUAAUCUUCUAUUAGACAGGAAAAGGAUUAAAAAUCAAAUCAAAUAAGUGGUUACAAAAUUAACCCUUUAUAUCACAACCUGAGAGUUAAUUUUAUACAACCAAAUUAAAUAAGUGUAACUUUUAAUUUUCGCGUAACCAACUGGAAAUCAGGAAUCAUAAAGAAAUUUAUGUUUUAUAUAUAUAUUAUAUUAUUAAUAUAUAAUAUUUAUAUAUAUCGGAUAUAUUUAUCGUAUUGAAAAUUAACAAUCACAGUGAGACUGCAGUGGCGGACUGGUCCAGGUGGAAAGUGGGAGAUAUCCUCCUUGGCCGCAACUGUGAGAGGUCUCUUCUUUCUUAUCUACUUUUAAUAAACGAAAAAUUGUAUGUGUAUUUUAUUUUUAUAUUCGAUUAUGCUAUUAAAAUUUGUAAUUUACAAUAUUAUAGUCAAUAAUUGAUUUGCACACAAUACUGAGACACGAAUAUUUCUACAUUAUAUUAUUUAGAUACCUAAUAUUUAAUAGUAUAGUAGGCAAUAUGUAUUUAUAUUAUAAAUUAUCAUGAAUAAGCAUGAAAAAGCAUGGGAAAACUGGGAAAAUCAGUACAAUAUUAAACAAACAUUAUUAUAGAAAAUAUUUAAUGCCUAUUUAAUAAUUUUACCAUAAUUUAUAUAAUAUAUAUAAUAUAAUAUAUUGUUGACAAAGUAUAAAUAUCAACUGAACUGAGCUCAGAAUCUUUUUUUUUGUUAGCAAUGGCUUAUCAUUGCUUACAGAUAUACAUUAAAUUACCUAUAACAGUGGUUGCACCCAUUUCCAUUAUCGUAGGAUGUUUUUUUUUUGUUUUUAAAACAUAAUUUAUUUUGUAGUCUGUAGUUUUAUGAUAUUUUUUAGAAAUACAUCAUUUAUUACUUUAAUAUUAUUAUAAUUAGUUUUAGUUUUAAAGUAAUUUUUAAAUAUAGUAUACACAACUAUUUUAUUACCUAACUUAAAUCGUUAUUGAAUUUAACUAUAAAUAAUAAUUGCUUAUUAUUAUAUACUCGCAUUUGACAUUUAUUCAUAAAAUAUCCGUAUAAUAUCAGAGCUAUAAUUUCAAAACUCAAUCCGCUCAACUCUGACUUACCUAUUUACUGAUCACAGUAUUAAAUAUUGUUAUACAUAGGAUUACAAAUAUUCCAAUAAUAAUAAUUAUUAGGUAUAAAAUAUAUAAGGUUUCAACUCCACAAAAUUGUAUGUUUGUGUACUUUACUAUAGGUAUAAUACCUACUAAUAUAAAUAAUAUUUUUAGUUUCUUUAAUAUAUAUUUUAUUACACCAUUAAAGAGUAAAGGUCCUGAUCGUAACUUUUAAUAAAUUCUUAACAUUUACAAUCAUUAAGAAAUAGUUAAAUCAGUUUUAAUAUUUGUAUGUUAAAACAUGUUUAACAGGAAAAACUUCCAUGCCUCGUUUACAAUUACAACCGAUUACAAUUAUUGUUUUUGAUGGAAGUAUGAAAAGUUUUACAAGGCGCAUUCAAUUUUGACUUUUGAUUAUGUAAUUAAAAAACACAAAACAAUUAUUGGUGAAUAUUGGUCAUAUUGUAACUUUAAUUGUAGGUUUUAGAAAUAAUUUUUUUUAAAUUCAAGCCCAUUGUGUUCUGUAAAAUUUUUCCUCCUAUCUUUUGAUAAAUAUUUUCUAAAAUUUUAAACGUGAAACCAAACUAUACGUUUUAUUUAUUUUAACUAAGUUGAAACAGAAACUUUAAUCGUUUAAUUAUAAGUAUUAAAAUUAUGCGUUUUAUAUAUAAUAUACAUUUUGUAAUGAGACAAAAAAUAAGAUGACUAGGAUCCAGAUUUUAUGUUCACUACCAUAUAGUAAGAUAUGGAAUCGGUUCAUUAUUUACUAAGGCGGAGCUGAGGUAUAAGUAAACGUUAUAUUUCUCACUUGUCUAACGUGUAGGUAUGUGCUCUGAGUAAGACCCUCACGUGAUUGAGAAGAUGAAAAAUUCACGUAACGUAUAGUAAUCUUGACGUCGUAACCAGUUUAUUUAGUAUAUUCAAAUUGGAACAAUGAAAAAAACUUAGACGAGGUAGAGUUGAAUUAAAUACAACGACAAACGUACAUCACUGGUAUCUAUAGAUGGACAUGAUAAGUCGGAGCCUAAGUUUAUGUUUUAACUGGAUCCCUCAUUGAGACAGUGCGCGUGAGGUUUUUAUAGUGUUUUGAAGUGAGAUUGUCGUUUAUUGAUUUAAACACGAUAUAAUAUGGUACAAUGGCACUUAGUUAUCAUGAUACAGAAUAUAGGUUGAGCAUAAUACAUUAAGGUUUAAUUCUUAUAUUUUGUUUUUAUUGUAUAAUCUAAUAUUAAUUGCUGUUAAUUAUGACGUUAUCAAACAAUUGAUUACAUUUUGAUGAGUUAUUUAAAUCAGAUGCAUUAUUGUUAUUAUAUAAGCAUAAUGAUCUAUUAACCACGGUAAACCGUGCUUAUAACACGAGAUAUAAGGCUAACAUAAAUAUUGUUUCAAAUAGCAAUACAACCUUUGGAUCUCAAUGUAAUCUUAAUUGUAGACGCUAAUUUAUGUAGGAAAUUGAACAUUAAUUUAUAUAAUUUUAAAAGUUUUAUGAGUUUUAAAUUUUUCUUGUAUAAUUUAGAUUUUGGCACUGUUUGAUUCUUGUAUCUUUUUAUUAGUUUAUUUUUAUUAUAUCUUGUAUUCUUUAUAUGCUUACAUAAUUUAUAAUUUUUUAUAUUUAAUGGCAUAAGGCAUAUUUGUCUAAAUAAUUAUACUCUUAAGUUCUAACGCCUAAUGAACUCAACACUCCCAUUACAAGAUUGGCUUGCAUAGAGUGUCGUAUAUUAUAUAUUUAUAUAUUUUAUUAUUUAUAGUAUUAAUACUAAUUUUGCAAAUAAAUAUUAUUUAUUAUUGAUGAUUGUGCACAUCAUUAAAAUUGUAUAAGUGGUAUUUAUCAAUCCGUGUUUUAAUUCGUUCAUUUCAAAGAACAAUGAAAUUGGCCACUUAUUAUCUUAUUAACUAUUUCUUUAGUUGUAUAGUUAAUAUAUUUGUUAACAGUAUACUAUUUGUUGGCAAAAAUAUUGAAUAACAAAUAAACCAAAUUUUAUUUCAAUGCUUAAAUAUACAGAAAUAAAUUUAAAAAGUGAAAAUUUGAUUGACAAAAAUUAGAACUAUGUGUUCCAAUCUACGUAUUCUGAAUAUCACUUUAUCUAUAAAUAAUCAUAAUGAUAUUUUAACUUUCUUAGGACACGACUUGUUAUUGACGAAAAUCAAGAUAGUAACAAUUAUACAUAGCUUAACACAUUUUUAUUGGCUUGAAGACACUCAAACAUAUUUUAUCAGCAUCGAACAUAGUAUUGCUGAUUCUUUGAAUUACAAUGAGACAAUUGAC